AUGGAUCUGGGCCCUUCCUCCUCGACAUGGGAGGAGGGGGAGGAGGCAGCGUCACUGUUCUGGUCCUUCGCCGACGAGCUAUCUUCCCUCCCGAGUGGCGUCUCGGCUCUCAUGGACCUUCCGCCAUUGCCACCAUCGCUGCUGCGGCCGCCGCUGCUGCCGCCGCCGCUGCCGCCGCUGCCGGUGCCGCCACCGGCGCUUGAGACUGUGUUCGAGGGUUACUGGAGGGAGGAACGGGAGGUAGCCGGCUACACUGGAGGCUGCAGCGUGGUCAGGGAGACGGUGGAGCUCCCGACGAGAAAAAACGCAGGCGGCGAUUCGGCGGAGAGGACCAACGAGGGCAACCGAGGUUUCCGGCAUAUGAUCAGCGAGAGGAGGAGGAGGGAGAAGCUGAGCAAGAGCUACACCGACCUACGUUCGCUGCUUCCGUCUACGACCAAAGUAACCCCCCCAACCUUCCCGUUCUCCUUCUCCCCUGCGAUCCUCCGCUCACCUUUUCCCUCCUGUGGUUCGCGCAGAGCAACAAGAUCUCCAUCGUCACGGCGGCGAUCUCGUACUUGCGGAGUCUGAUGGGGCGGCUGGAGACCCUGCGGCGGCGCAACCGGGUGCUCGGCCGGAGAAUCGCGGUGGAGGUCCCCAGGGGUCGGGUCCGCUUUGAGACCAUAAAGCUGCCAAUCACGGCGGCAACCGCCUCCCUCACGACGAGCUCCCUAAUGGAAGCGCUCCGGCGGUUGAAAGCCAUGGAAGCGAGGCCCAGAACCAUCCGCUGGAGCUGCACCGGCGAGGAACUGGUGGCCGGUGCAGACACCCAACCCGCGGUAAAUCUUCAUUCUUUUUUACCUCCAUUUAAUCAACGCAGAUAAUCCCUCUGCCAGGAACCAAUAUAUCGAUAUCAACCCAGAUAUCGCAAAUAAUCUUCUGAUUUAAUGAGAGUUUUGUAUUACUGCGAGAACUGUUCUAAUCCCCGGUCCUCUGCUCUACAGAAAAUAGCCGAGGAGAUUGACACGGUGGUCAAUUGCGUCCUGGUGCAAGAGGAGGAAGAACUCGAUGACUCACUCGAUGUCAUCGGAGAUUGGUCAGCGUCCUAUCGCGGGUGCAUGGGGAGUGUAAAACCCGAAGUCAACGGAUGA